AUGCCUAGUCUAGCACGAAAGCUCCUUAUAUGCGCCGCUGUCGAUGGCCUUAUAAUUCAGCCUCUCGCGACCAAAGGACAACGUCCUUCACCUCCAGUAAAAGUCAAAUAUGGAGAUGCUACCAUUUCUUCGCUCGGCCGUGAUCAAACUCCAGAUGUUACGAAACCAGAUUCAUCCUUCGAGGCUUUUGGGAUCGUUGGGCUCUUUACUGUUUCCCGUUUAAGCUAUCUGAUCACUAUUACCGGUCGACAGCAUGUCGCUCAAGUUCGCGGGUUCCCUGUCUAUGUUGUGACCGAUGUUGCCCUCACGCCCUGCGCGGGUCAAAAUGAAGCCGAAUCCGCCGUCGCAAACACCGCAGCUAAGCUUCGACGCGCAUCCGCUGAGAAACUUGGUGACGAAAGCGACACAGAAAGCGAAAUUGAUGGGCCUUCGGUAUCGGGGGCUGACGAUACAGAAGACCCGGGAGCCCUAAGUGAUCGCGAUACUUCGGGAAGUGGGGAUGCUCCGGAUCCAGGCGCAAGCGGUGAGAGAGGCAGCAGCAUAGCAGAGGACGUAAUUAAACGACGUGGAAGCUAUGGACGCUUCGCGCAACGCUGGUUUAGUGGCAAAGGCUGGAUGAUGGACCAGAAACGUAAUCUAGGCUUAAGCAGCGUCGAAACCGACCAGCCGGAAGAUACAGUGGACAAAGUGCCCACCGCCAAUGAGGACAAGAAGCUCAGUAAUACGGUAGUUCAUGAGAAAGUUGAUCCGCCGCCCGCGCCAACCGCCGGGGAGAGCUUGAUACCCAAAUUACUGCGCUUCGCGCAUAUUUGGCUUGGGGCGUCUAGGAGUUUUUACUUCUCCUAUGAUGUAGAUAUUACGAGGAGCGUCGCAAGUCGGUCUACCAUGGCAGCAGCAGCGACUCCUCCGCUACACCAAACAGCCGAUCCUACGUUCUUUUGGAACCGGGAGUUGUUGGAACCCUUCCACAGUUCUGGGGACGAAUUCCUGAUGUUGCCCUUAAUGCAAGGGUUUGUAGGGCAGAGAACAUUCAUCGUGGAUAGACACCCACCACAAGCUGAUUCGCAGGAAAACUCUAUGGAAUUAAACGACUUGACACCUCCUUUAGAGCCUAAUGCUGAAUUCAUUCCCGCCGAGAGGGCAUCUGUGGAUCUUAGAUCAUCUGAGAAGAAGUUUUCUAUUACUAUUAUUUCCAGGAGGUCAACCAGGCGCGCUGGGCUACGAUAUCUCCGACGUGGCAUAGAUGAAAAUGGAUACGCCGCAAACUUUGUUGAGACAGAACAAAUUCUCUCCACUCCCACAUGGAAUCCGUCUUCCAGGAUAUACUCUUUUGUUCAAAUUCGAGGCAGUAUACCACUUUUCUUCACCCAGUCGCCAUACUCCCUCAAGCCAAUUCCAGUGCUACGGCAUUCUCCAGAGGCAAACUUCCGGGCCUUCAGAAAGCAUUUCGAACUAGUAGGCAAUACAUAUGGAUCCAUACAACUGGUAAACCUAGUCGAGAAGCAUGGUGUUGAGGCUAUUAUUGGUAAUGAAUAUGAGAAGGCCACUCAGAGGUUCAAUGAUGAGAAAUCAGAAGGUUCCAAGGCCCUAAGGUUUGAAUGGUUCGACUUCCACUCCGCAUGUCGUGGAAUGAAAUUCGAGAACGUGAGCUUGCUUUUGGAUACCCUAGGCCAAAGUAUCGAGGAGACCGGUAGCACCGUGGAAAGAAGUGGCCAAGUAGAACGAACGCAGAGUGGCGUGCUGAGAACUAAUUGCAUGGAUUGUCUUGAUCGUACUAACGUAUGUCAAAGCUCCUUUGGCAAAUUCAUGCUUGAUCUACAGCUAAAGGAGGAGGGCUUCGACAUGUCGACCCAAUUAGACCAGGAGAACUCGUGGUUCAAUACCCUCUGGGCUGACAAUGGAGAUGCCAUAUCAAAGCAAUAUGCCUCAACUGCUGCGAUGAAAGGAGAUUAUACCAGGACGAGAAAACGUGACUAUCGCGGAAUGGUCAACGAUCUCGGGUUAUCCUUAACACGAUUUUACAAUGGAAUGGUGAAUGACUAUUUUUCUCAGGCCGCCAUCGACUUUUUCUUGGGUAACGUUUCCUCCAUGGUAUUCGACGAGUUCGAGGCGACAAUGAUGAGCAAAGACCCCGGAGUUUCCAUGUCCAAUAUGAGGGAGCAAGCUAUCGAGACAUCUCAGAAGAUCGCUAUAGAAGAUGACAAGGAGGACUUUGUUGGCGGCUGGACACUAUUCAGCCCCCACGCAUCUAACACUAUCAAGUCUUUGCCGUUUGAGGAAGUAGUUCUUCUUCUGACUGACACGGCCCUUUACCUAUGCAGGUUCGACUGGAAACUCGACAAAGUAUCGUCUUUCGAGAGAGUAGAUCUAGCACACGUCGUGGGCAUAAAAAUCGGCACGUACAUUACUUCAGCCAUGUCCCCGGCGGAAGCCGACGAAUCCAAGAAUGUAGGUAUGGUCAUCACCUACGAGCCCGGUAAGUUUGAUGUUAAGAGGACCAACACGCAGUCCCUGUCCAGCAUGUCAGAUCAUCAAUCCGAUCAAGUUUCGGGCAAGAAGGACAUGCUAGUAAAUCCUGCAGCGGCCCCCGCCGCCGUAUCCGGUAUCUUCAACGCGAUCACUGGGAAGCCACAGACGCAGUCUCCGCCACGUAAGAUCGCGCUCAAGGCGCUGCAUUCUACAAGCGCGGUCUCUGACACGAGAGGCAUGAAAGGGAUGACAGAGGACGAGCAGAUUAACGUUAUCGCGAUGGAGAUCGAGCGCUUAGUUCUUCUAAAUCAGCCGCCGCCUCCCGAAGGCUCUGGAGAGCAGAAUAAAGAUAGGGAGAGUAUCAUCGAAAGGGGAGAUAUCAUAUCUCUCGCCGAGGCCAAGAAGAGCACAGGGCUCUUGGAACAAUGGGGGCAUAGUAUAAAGAAGCUGGUUUGGGCAUAG